ACCUGCUCCGCUCCGGACUCUCCGCCUCAAGAGCCGAACAUGGAACCGUUCCUGAAAGCACACAGCUUGGAGGAGAGGCUUGAAAGCUUCUUUGACAUUCUGGAGGAGAGGAGACAGGAAAGUGAUUUGAGCCAUGCACUUCGAACAUAUAGCCCUCAACCAUAUCGGGGUGCCACAGAUCUCUCAGUAAGCGUCCUUAACAGGAUGGUACUGGAAUCACAGUACCUGCGCUACAUUAUUUCAGAGAUAGCUGCAGAAUCAGGUGAUCCCUGUGAAUGUGUGAAGGAAGAAGCUGCAAGAAUCCUAGAGGAGAUGGGUCAGAACCUGCAGCUGAGCUUCAUCCGCCUGCUGGGUUUCGCCCUCACCAAAGUCUUCAAGAGGCUCUUCAGCUCCAUACGGGUUAAUGAGGACGGACUCACACGGCUGAAAAAGGCCAUUCAGGAUAAUCCAGUCAUACUCAUGCCCAAUCAUCGGAGUUACAUUGACUUCUUGGUCCUGUCCUACAUCAUGUUUACUUACGACCUCUCCGUCCCAGUCAUAGCAGCUGGAAUUCCUCUGAUGGGAAUGUCUCUGGUGGGCGAGAUCUUCCGUCGAUCAGGAGCGUUCUUCAUCCGGCGUGCCAUCGGAUCUGACAAGCUCUACUGGGCUGUUCUGUCUGAGUACGUCAGGACCGUCGUACGGAUGGGUUUUGCUCCUCUAGAGUUUUACGUAGAGGGUCUGCGCAGCCGCACACUGAAGUCUCAGAAACCAAAACUGGGGAUGAUGCAGAUGGUGUUGGAGCCAUUCUUUAAAGGUGAAGUGUUUGAUAUCAGCCUCGUUCCAAUCAGCAUCAGCUAUGAUCGAGUUCUGGAAGAAUCUCUGCUGGCUCAUGAGCUGCUGGGCAUUCCCAAACCAAAAGAGACCACCAAGGGUUUGCUGAAGGCUCGACGUGUUCUGGAGGAACAUUAUGGAUGUAUGAAUUUGACUUUUGGGAGCCCUGUGUCGGUAAGAGAGCUGGCCAAGGGCAGGAUCAGCCGACACCACUACAAUCUGCGGCCCAGAGACCUGCCGGGGAAGCUGAGUGAGGAUCUCCAGGUGUUUGUGUGUGAUGUUGCCCACCUAUUGUUGCGGCUGCAGGAGCGAGGAGACGUUCUCAGUCCGUUCAGCCUCAUGGCUCUGGUUCUCCUCCAGAACCCUGAUGGUGUGGACUGGAGUGUGCUUACCCAUAAUACCCUGCACCUGAGGAGACUAGCCCUCCGACUUGGAGCUCAAAUUAACUGGUCAGCUCAGCUUCCAGACUCAGAGGUGAUGUCAGCCCACCUGAGUCUGCAUCACUCUGCAGUGCACUGUGACGACGGGCGUGUCCGGUUUGUGGAGGAAUUAGGGCCAGGACCUCUCACCCAAGAGGAGACCGUGUACAAGCACGCAUCUGCUGUGCUCAUAUGCGCCUUCUACAGGAACCAAUGUCUGCACAUGUUUAUCCGACCGGUGCUGGUGUUGUUAGCCAUGACAGCGACUAAGAGUCACAACAAAGGGGACGUUUUUGCUCACUUCUGUUUCCUGCAAGAGCUUCUUGCAAAUGAGUUCAUCUUUAUACCGGGUCAUGCAGUACAGGAUUUUGAGGAAGGUUGCUUUGGGCUACAGCGAUGUGGAGCUCUGAGCAUCACUGACCAGCAACUAAGAGUGAUGGUGGAUGAGCAGGAUACCAUCAUUCUCCUUAGUGACAUCCUUCAGCCCUUCAUCGAGACCUACCAGGUGGUUUUUAGGAUCGUGUGUGAGGAGAAAUUUGAGGUGUUCAUGGAGAAAAGCUUCAUACCGUCCAUCCGUGCUGCCGUCAUCAAACUCCUCGUCUCAGGUGAGGUUCAGACAUACGAGUGUUUGUCAUCAGACACUCAGAAGAACGCUCUGUCAGCGCUGAUCAGGAUGGGUGCAGUGUCUAAAUCCAGAGUAUCUGACCAGAUUGAGUACAGGGUGAACCAAGCUGCAGUGAAGAAGAUUUUGGAAACACUGGAUGGGAACCUGACACCAAGGAUGACGUCAAACUUUAAACUCAGACCCAAUCUGUAGAGAGAGUCCGGCACAUUUGGAUACCUCAGAAUCAUCUCUGUUACCUUAUGUCAUCUAACCACAGUUAGUGGUCGCCGGUUCUCUUCCUGUUAUUAUAACAUGUUUUUGUAGAACCUUGAUUAGGGUCAAAGAACACUAAUCAGAAGCAGCAAGUAGCAGUAGCAAGUAGCAAGUAUUUGAAACGUAGCCUCUUAACCUUCGCUUUAGCAGAUCAUUGGCUCAGGUAACUAGCAGUAUUAAGAAAGUCCAGGACCAGAUCUGAAUUUGAGGUCCAGAUUUGAGUUUUGAGGGCCAAAAGUCUGAGGCCACUAGUGAAAAUGCUUGUUUUGCUUUUUUCUUUAAUUUAAUGUUUUUUUUUGUAACGGGGUGUGAAGUGCAAGUGCAAAAAUGCUUGACCAAGGUAGAACAAAGUGGACAAAACAGGGAAAGAGCAGAACUGAGACUGAACUGGUUGUCACAAUAUGACCGGCUGCUCCAACCAUCUGCAACAACCCAGUUUUCCAAAAACUGGAAGAACAAAGAAACUUCAGACUGGAAAUGCAUGAGCGGGACUUCUGGAACAGCUUGUGGAUGAUGUGGAUGUGGAUUUGGAUUUAUAAUGUGCUUUUCCAGAAAAUUAAAGUCACACCACCUUUGGGGCAGUGUGCUCUCCAUGGGCAGUUCCAUCCUAAGGCCCAAAAAUGCUGCAACACUGGGUGAGUUCCCAGAAAGAAAUAAGUUUAAUGUCAUAGCAGAUUAGUGGAAAACUGGACUGAACCGGACCGAGCAGCUCGGUAUCACGGUUUCAAAAAGAAAUAUAAAGCAUCAGACUAAAGGAACUAAGAUGAAAGUGAAAAAAGGAAAUGAUUUGUAAUACAAUUUGUUUUGUUCCCUGUUUUGUCCCCUGUUUUAUAUAAAUGUGUAUAAACACUUGGUGUAUCUACUGUUAUGUAGAGAGGAGAUAAACACUGUGUGUACAAUUUAGUUUUCUAUGCUUUUAAUUGUAGACCCGUCAUGAUUAGAACAUUUAACACUUGUCAUAAAAUAUUCAUAAUGAACAAAUUCCUGAUAUUUUUUUUAUGAUUAAAUUAUAUGAUAUAAAAAGAGGGCGCUCAGACGGUGCAGCUGUCUGUUACGCUAGCCCACCACCACUGAGAUCUGAGUUCGGUUUGGCCGAGUUAUCGCUCGCUGGGCAUAAUUGGCUAUAUCUGAGGGAGGGGUGGCCAAAGCCCUGUGAUGGAUUGGUGCCCAUGGACUGAUGAGUCAUGACCUGGAAUGAGUCUGACAGCCAAUGCACUACAAAACCCAGAGAUGGAACAUCAUGCUGCCUUCAAGUCUUGCAUUUGCGUUUACACAUAAGGGCUUAUAAUAUUUUUAGGAAUGUUUUAUUACUUAUUCACAUGGAAAAAUAAGAUGAUGAACAUGUACCAUGUGAUUGUCUGUAUGUAUUAAAACCUGAAAUGAACUCUU